AUGAUCGGCAGUGUUCUCGGAGUGAUAUUGAACUGUUUAUUAAUGUACAUCAUCUUCAAAACGACAACACAACAGAACAAAGAGUAUACCAAGAUGUUGAAGGCGGCGUCCUUCUUUGAUAUGUUGUUCUCGUUUACUGAACUCAUCACACAGCAUGUAAGUAGAGUAAUGUAAAGCAGUUUACAUUAAUAAAGCGGAAGGUGUUGUGGACAAUUUUCGUAUUGUAACAUCUUGUUAUAGUUAACAGAUACAAUAUAUUAAAUUGAAUCAAAAGUAGCGGGACACUUUUUCAUUGAAAAAUAAAUGAAAAGUGACCCGCUACUUUUGGUUCAAUCAUAUUAGGUUUUUCAAAUAAUCCCAAGCUCUUUAGCCCCGAAAACUCGCUUUGAGAGAUGGCUCAGACUUAUUUGAACAACCUAGUGUAGUACAUGUAGUAACGCAUAUACCAUAUUAUAGUAACCAAAUUUACAGACAUUGGUAGUGAAACGCGGCUGGAUGAUAAUGAUACCAAAUGGGUUUGAGAAGUGGGCUGGAGCCAAUUGGUACGUACCAUUUUACAUGUUACACAUGUUUGUUAUGGCAAUGGGAAUGUACAUCUUCUUGGCACAGUAUCAUUACCGAUACUCGUUGUUGUCACAGUAAGUACAUUAAAUUGUACAUAUAAUUGAGUUAUAAGGCAUGGGCUUGCAAAGUAGGCCCGGUCCAAUCCCAUGCCUAUAUGCCUUUUUAUGAUAGAAUAAGGUAAUUAGAGUAAGGUAGGGUACUUAUAUUAUCUAUAUUAGAUGACAAUUCUUUUCAGGCCAGUGACAAGUGAAUGGUUGUUAUUCAGAAACAUUGUCAUAGCGAUGACAGUUUCAAUAUUAGCUGCCGUUUUUUCUGUUUGGGUAUUGAACCCAUCUUUAGUGAAUGGCUCAUGGCAUUACCUAAAGUUUUUGGACAAAAUGUGGUCGCCAGAUGGUAACAAGACCUACGCCUAUGCUAUUGACACGGUAGGACAUUUCUCUGUGACAUAUUAUUUGUAUGAGCUUAAAUUUACGGUAUGUUUGAGUUAGAAUAGAAUGCAUAUUACGUCAGAUAUACUGCAACAAACGUUUCUUCUUUAUGAUAUCUAUACAAUGCCUCAAACGGUUACUACAAUAUAAUAUUCACUAUGUCUUAAACCUUUACUAUGUUCUUGUAGGACUAUCCCCGAGCCUUGGCCUACUUUUACCUGCUAGGAGUGCUGAGUACGGUCUUCUUCUGGAGCUGUGUGUUUUAUGUCUACAAAAUCAUGAAGUAUGUUUAUCAGCCCAUGGAGAAUAUCAGCUCCAAGACGCGACGAAUGCAAAUCCAAUUUACUGUUGUUAUUAUUAUACAAGUAAGUGUGUUUUUACAUUGUUAUCAUUAUUCAAGUAGGUAUAUUUUUACAUUGUUACUAUCAUUCAGUUGAGUCUAUUUUUACGUUACUGACGUAUUUUAUAAAAGUUUUUUGAAAAGGUGGCGAGGGAAGGCAAUUAUGGAAAUUUCAGUUGACAUAAUGUUUGUUAGUCGGCUUUAAAUGAUACAUAACACAUGUGUAUUAUACUUACGUUAUAUUAUUUAUGUUAUACUCAGUAAAUGACUUUAAAAAUCAAAAAUUUCAAAAUGUAAACUUCUUACUCAUUGCCAUUCCUUUCAGGGCCUGACCUGCUUCCUAUUCUCCUACCUCCCUAUCAGUUUUAUCGCCGUUUUCACAUUACUACGAACCCAAAACGAAUAUGUCGGGUUGUUCAUGUUAAUGCCCUUAUCUUGGCUACCAGCUACCAAUGGUUUGGUAUCUUUACUAUUAGUGAAAGCACAUCGAUCAACCCUAUUCAACAUGUUGUUAUGCCGGAAACGAGAUGCGAAGAAUGCCAUAGGACAGUCUACUGUACAAUCUUUGGGAUGA